AUGACCGUGUUCCAUCGCACUGUCGCUCGGCCUCUGGUGCUUAAGUGCGCAGCCCUGUUCCUGCAACGUUUUGAUCCUUCGCUCCAGCCCGGCAGCCUACCCGGUACGGAACAAGCACAUCUUCUACGAGGUCUGUACCGCUUUCAGCUUUACUGUAACCUCUUUGGCAAGAGUCCCAAGCCUGGGGGGUACUACGUGGUGGGGAGGCUCUCUGCUGCCGACAUCUUGGCUCUCUUCUUUGUCUCCUUCAGCCCAUGGGAAGUAGAGGAGAUUGACUGUAUCUACACAAUGAUAUGGAACAAGUACAAUGUAGUCCUUGACGUCGUCCGGUACAACCUCGCCAAAAAAUCUGAUCGUCAACUCCUAAGGCAGGGCAUUGUCUUAAACGGGCUUACACUAUUCUCCGAGGUUUUGGAAAUCUACGACCACAAGGUGCUAGUCAACACAAUGGAACAAUACCUGGUUAAGUCGGGCGCACUUGAGCGCGUACUAAGCUAG